GCUCUGCGUUAUGCAUACUUCAAAAAAAUCUCUGCAUCUAAAACUACUGGCAUUUUACGGAAUACUCAACUUACAAAGAAAGUUGGCGAAGCAGAGACUUUGAAUCGAAUUCAGCGGCCUGUUGGUGAAGGCGGCGGCGGCGGAUCUAAUAACAUUUUAACCAGCAUCAAGCCUGUAGACAUCGUGCCAGCAGCUUCCAAGCUUCCCGAUGUAGCUUUGAGAGCAGCAGGAGAGCCAGGAAGCUCUAACGCCGAGAACCGGGCUAUAGAAGAUGAAGCUACUACAGCCGCACACACUGAGGCGAACCGAAAGUUUUCAGAACCGACAAAUCUAGUGCAUGCAGGUCUGAACCAUGGCCAAAUGCCCGUCAGUGUGAAAGAAGAAGAGCUUUGCGCAGGCUUCAUGGGCCGACAUAGAAAUCCGCUGAGACAAAGGAACCCCGGUACUGCCUCUAUAUAUUUUAUCAAUAAGUUUCUCAAGUACUUCAUUCCUGAUUUUACAUUAAGCCGGAAAUUCUUUUCGGUCCACCCUUAUCUUAAUAAUUGUUAA